UUUCAGGAUAUAUAUUAGCAGACUAGUGCAUAAUGCCACCUCACGAUGAACAGUACCUCGUGGAAGAAAAAAGUUGGAGUGAAUUACUUUCGCACGCUCGGCUAUGGCGGAACAUUUCGAAGAAACGAAUGAAUAUGACGCUGCAUCAUUUUUUACUGUAUCUUGAUCGUUCGGGUACGGAACGAGUGCUUGCGCUGGGUGGCUCAGGACAGUUUCCUCAAGAAACCAUCUACACUGCUCCAUUAACCCGUUCACCGUUGGUUAGCUCAGUGGCCAAAUUAACUUUAUCUCCAUAUUUAGACACUAAACCUAGUAAGGGUGGACCACCACCUGCUGAAUUGGCGGCAUUAUGUGAGAGACAAAGGACAACUGUUUCAUCUGGCAUAUCGUCAUAUGAAUUUGAUCCUACUUCAUCCACACUGUUAUAUUCCGAUUCUACCAAUUUGUAUCGUAUUCAGAAGGAGGAAAAGAGCAUAAUAGGGAAUGGUAUAAAGGGCUGUCCUUUGCAUGCGCAACUAUGUCCGGUGGAUAGCACUCUAGUAGCAUUUGUCGCAAAUCGCAAUGUGCAUAUCGACUGGAAAGGCAAAGUGAUUUACUCAUCGUCAACUGGUGAUAAUAUCAUAAAUGGAUGUUCUUCGUUUAUUGCUCAGGAGGAGUUGGAUCGAUUUACGGGAAUGUGGUGGUCUCCUGGCCCACAAAAAAUGCUUCUAUAUGAACAAGUGGACGAAACAGCCGUUACUGGUUUGCAGUUUACUGUACCAGGAUGCUCGCCUACACAACCAAUGAAAUAUCCCAUUGCUGGGACUGCUAACGCUAUUUCUACCUUGCGUUUAAUUGUCAUCAGCGAAAACAAAAUUACUGAUGAAAAACUGACUGUAGAACUUAGAACUGUUUACCCUUGGUAUGAGUACUUGUCACGAGUUGGUUGGUUACCUGAUGGAAGCGCGAUUUGGGCUUUGCUGCUCAAUCGACUGCAAGAUCGAUAUGCAUUGGUUUUGAUACCACUGGAUUUAUUUGGAUCACGGGACAGUCAAAAUAGUGCGCAAGUAGUAACUCUGCUACAAGAACAAUCAGAAAUUUGGUUCAAUGUGGAUAAUUUGACUCGGUUUUUAACUCCAGUUGGAGGAAUUUUGCAGUUUAUUCAUGCAAGUGAUCGUGAUGACCAUACUCAUUUAUUUCACUACACUGCUAGACUUGAUGAAGCUCAUUUAACAGCCACAUGCUCAUCACGACCAAUAACUGCUGGAGAUUGGUCGGUUUUAAAAGAACCAGGUUUAUUUGUUGAUGAAAAGAGAAAGCAUGUUUAUUUUGUCGCCAACAAACAUCAUCCGUCUGAUGCUAAUUUAUAUGAACGGAUGGAAUGUGAGCUACAGCUGAAUCCGGAAAUUGGAUUUGUUUGCUGGGAAAGUUCACUGAAAAUGCCACCACGAUGUGUAUUCUAUCGAUUGCACCACUUGAAUGGUGAUCGAUUACCAGCAGCAACAUUACAGCAUCUCAUUUAUUUGCCCCAGCCAAGUCUUACUAACGAAUUAAGCCAAAGGAUUGAAAACAUAUGUACACCAAAAGCUGCAGCCAAGGAAUACCCUGAAUUAAUUGAAUAUCAAUCAAAAAAUUCUAAACGAAAACACUACGCAUUGUUACUGAAACCAUUUGGAGCAAUUAGAGGACUUCAAUAUCCGGUUAUUCAGCUUGUUUACGGUGGGCCUGGAGUGCAACUGGUUCGUAAUGCCUGGUCCACAUGGGUUGGUUUCCGAAAAUUUGCUAGUCUUGGUUAUGCAGUGCUUAUGGUUGAUGGACGAGGUUCUUCAAACCGUGGCAUCUCAUUUGAGGCUGCCCUAAAAAAUAAACUAGGAACCGUGGAAAUUGAAGAUCAAGUAGAAGGUCUUCGAGAAGUAGCGAAACGAACUAAUGGUUUACUAGAUCUCACUCGAGUAGCAGUAAUGGGUUGGUCAUACGGCGGUUAUCUGGCGUUACUUUGCCUCGCUAAAAGUCCAAAUGUGUAUAGGGCAGCAAUCGCCGGUGGUGCAGUUACAUGUUGGAGGCUUUAUGAUACAGCCUAUACAGAACGUUAUUUGGGCUUGCCAUCUGAUCCUAUUUAUAAGGAUUCUUCAGUUCUAAGUUAUGUUAACCAGUUACCGAAUGAAGUUGAUCGUUUGUUAAUUGUUCAUGGUUUGAUCGAUGAAAAUGUACACUUUUCUCAUACUGAACGUCUCAUUGAAGCCUUAAUUGCAGCUGGCAAACCACAUCGCUUGCAGAUUUUCCCAUCGGAACGUCACGGUGUACGAUCUGUCGAAGCAGGCGAAUUUCAUGAUGCUUCUAUGUUAUCUUUUUUAUGUCGUGCUCUCGCCGUUGACCAUUUACAUUCAGAUGUUAUGAAAAGUUUAGAAAAGCCACUGUAA